AGGAGCAAGCAUAGAUCUCCUACCACGCUGUUGGCUGUGAAGUAGUACUGAAUGCUACAAAGGAGCGGCAUGUAAAAAUUUAUGCUACUUCAGCUCGGCCUUAAUUUGGCACCAUCGAUCCUUUCACCACAGAGCAGAACAUGGAUUUGAUUAUUCCGCUUCUAAAUACACAACGGCAACUUGCUAGUGAACUCGCCCUCCAUCGCUUCUUCUACUGACGCCUACGUUGAGGCACUACGCUGCAGCUAUGGCGGCCGUCCUGGAUGCCAUGGUACCCUACGUGAAGAAGCUCAUCACGGACAUGGCUGAAGAGGAGGUGUCCAUGCUCCUAGGAGUCUCCGGAGAGAUCGAGAAGCUGGAGGACAACAUCGAAGGCAUCAAAGCUUUCCUUGCGGAUGCAGAGAGGAGGCGCCUCACUGACCAGAGUGUGCAGAGAUGGGUGAGGAAGCUCAAGGACGCCAUGUACGACGCCACCGACAUCAUAGACGAGUGCCACCUCGAGGCGGCUGACAAGCGGAGGGGGUCUACUGAAGACGGCAGCAGUGUGAAGAAGAAGGGUUGCUUCCAGCCAUUGCUCUUCUGCAUUCGGAAUCCCGUGUUCGCCCACAAGAUAGGCAGCCGGAUCAAGGAGCUGAACCAGCGACUGGAUGGCAUCCACAAGGAGGCAGACAGGUUCAAGUUCAGUAUCAACCUCGGUUCCAACCCGGAGCCGAGGAAGCUAACUGAUGCUGAAAGGUCUACGCAGAACAUGACGUCCGAGUUUGAUGAGUCGGCCAUUGUUGGUGAGAAGAUCGAGCAGGAUACAAGAGAGCUUGCACAGUUACUUAUCACCGGUGGCCUCCACGAUAUCAAGGUGGUGUCCAUCGUGGGCACAGGUGGCAUGGGAAAGACCACCCUUGCCCAGAAGAUCUUCAACGAGGUAACCAUCCAAGAUCACUUCAAAGUGAAGGUAUGGCUCAGCAUCACCCAACACUUCAACGAGAUUGAGCUGCUCAAGACAGCAAUCGAGCAUGCUGGUGGAGUCCAUGGAGGGACGCAAGACAAGACGCACCUCACAAGGACCCUCACCAAGACCCUUUCCACUGGCAGGUUCCUCCUGGUCUUGGAUGAUGUAUGGUGUAACCAAGCAUGGAGUCACGUUCUUAGUGUUCCAGUAAAAAAUGCAAGCCAGAAACAACAGGGGAACUGGGUCCUAAUCACCACAAGAUCAGAAGACCUGGCCCAACGGAUGGGAACCUCCUUCUACCAACACCGUGUCAGCCCACUGAAUGAAGAGGACGCUUGGUCCCUGCUCACCAAACAGCUGCCGCCAUCUCCUAAUCCGGUAGUUGGAACUGAUUAUCUAAGAGAUGUCGGGAUGAAAAUUGUCAAAAAGUGUGAUGGUUUACCGCUUGCUGUUAAAGUGAUGGGAGGAUUGCUAAGCAUGAGGUCCAGAAGUGAGCGUGAGUGGGAGGCUGUUUUGAACCAUCAUGCAUGGUCAGUAACUGGAUUGCCCAAGGAGCUGGACAGCCGAAUCUAUUUGAGUUAUGAGGAUUUGUCUCCCCAGCAGAAGCAGUGCUUCCUUUACUGUUCACUUUUCCCAAAAGGUACAUCUAUUUCGUGGCUUAAAGUUAUUCCCAUGUGGAUUAGUGAGGGAUUCAUCCAACCUCACGCGGACAAAAGUAGUUCCCAUGAUGACCAACUAGAAGAAAUAGCAACCGAGUACUACAAGGAGUUAAUCACCAGGAAUCUUCUAGAACCGCAAGCUCCUUUAACUGCAUACCAUUGCACAAUGCAUGAUGUGGUGCGCUCCUUUGCUGAAUUUAUGGCAAGAGAAGAGUCGCUUGUGGUGGAGGACAUGCAAGUUGUUAGGGGUAGUAAUGAUAGUCUUGUUCGUCGCUUGUCCAUAGGACCAACCAGUUUGGUACCCGGAUUGGCUGCUCUACAAAAAAAAGGGUCAGUAAGAACAUUAUUUAUAAAUUCCAAGAUGGACUUUGAGCUGAGUGAUUCAUUGAAUAGUUUCUCUAUGCUAAGGGUAUUGUCUAUACAUGGUGGAGAUUGUGAUAGGUUGGUUGGUUCCCUAUGUCAGUUGAGGCACCUAAGAUACUUGGGAUUAGAGGGAACAAAUAUAUCUAGACUGCCAGACAAUAUCAACAAUAUGAAGUUCCUACAACAUAUUGUGCUUACCGGCUCUGUACAUUUGGAGAAUCUUCCUAGAACCAUUAUACAACUGGUGCAUCUCAGAACUCUUGAUAUUUUUGGCUCGAAUGACAAUGUGGUAAUACCCAAGGAGUUUGGUAUGUUAAGAAAUCUAAGGAUACUUGGGUUCCGGGUACGCAUGGACAUGGAUGGUGGCUGGUGCAGCUUGGAAGAGAUAGGGCCUCUUUCUAAGCUUAUAAGGCUUAGUUUACAUGGUCUCGAGGAUGUAUCUGCCAGCUCGUUGGCUGAAAUGGCUAGGAUUAGCAGCAAGGAGCACCUUGAGUACUUGGCUUUAUAUUGGAGUAGUGGAUGCAUGGAAUUGAGGGAUGAGAUCGAGAAGCAACAGCAGCAGCAAGUAGUGGAAGAGGUAUUGGAGAAGCUCUGCCCACCACCCCGCAUUCACCAUUUAUAUAUUAAAGGAUACUUUGGUCGCACGCUACCAAAUUGGAUGAUGGUAGUGGAAGCAUGUGCCUUUAAGAGCUUGAGCAUUUUGAGUCUGCAGGACCUGCCUUGCUGCACCAAACUCCCUGACGGCUUGUGUCGGAUCCCUAGUCUGAAAUCAUUGGUCAUUGAAGAUGCACCAGCCAUCAAGAGCGUCGGGUCCGAAUUCCAGGCAUCAUCCUCUUCCUCGACUGCAUCUACAUCUUUUCCUAAUCUGACACAUCUUUCUAUGGAAGGCUUGUGCGAAUGGGAGGAGUGGGAGUGGGAGGAGCAGACUGUAGAUGUGACUGCAGGCGCCAUGGCCAUGCACGCUCUCGAGUUUCUGAAGAUCCACAAAUGCAAGCUGAGCUGUUUGCCACCGGGGCUUGCCAACAACAAGAGGCAUGCUCUAAGAGGUCUGUAUCUGUACGAGCUGAGCAACCUGGCAUCUGUGGAGAACUUCCCUUCUGUUGUGAAACUUGAUGUGUUCGACUGCCCCAAACUCAAGAGGAUUAGCGGCCUCUCCAAGUUGCACAAGAUUAGGAUCGUCCGCUGCCCAGAGCUGGAGGUGUUUCAAGGUGUCCCUGUACUCGACAUCAUUGUGCUGGUGGACGCCACCAUGGAGACACUUCCAGGAUACCUAGCAUGUGUGAAUCCAAGGUUUCUCAAGUUGGGUUGCAGCAAGGAGCUGCAUGACUCCAUUAUUUCAGGUAGCUCCUCCGAGUGUGAGAAGAUCAGCCAUAUCACCAAGCUUGACAUCAACUGCAUCGAAAGAAGAUUCAGAUGAAGAUUCAGAUUGAAGACUGAACGUCUUGAUGGAAAGAUAGCCUAUGCGUUCAGCAGGGAGGAAAGCUGGUUGGCAUCAAGCCAUUGGAUGGUGGGCCUCCGCCAGCUGGUUGGCAUCAAGCCAUUGGAUGUCCGAGCUAGUAUGAAGAAAAGACCUGCAUGCUCCGAUCGUUCUUGGUGAGCUCACUAAGAACAUACGAACAUGGUGCCAUGGUGGUACGAAUUGCACUUAUUCGACCUCCUCACUAAGACCGCUGCCUCCAGUGGGUGCAUCCUCAUCCUUUUAGUACAAGAUCUACGAUGGUGUGUGCAGAGACUGUCUACAAAGCACUGACGAGCUUGUUAUAGUUUACCAGUUACCCUUAUCUGUUGUUUAGCAAUACAAAGCACUGACGAUCGAGCUUGUUACAGUUUACCGGUUCCGCAAUACAUCAUGCGUGCAUGUGACGCUACAUACUCGAGAUCUGCGAAUAAAUACGAGUGGGCAAAAUUAUAAGCUA